AUGCAGCUCUGUUCUUUCACUCUUUCAAAAUUCUCUCCACAAGUUCAUGGAUUUAAGGACACAAGUACUUUUCUCCCUACUGAUUUCAGAAGGAAAACCUCAGAUUUAUACCUGUCUCACUCCUCUCCUCUGCCUUUGGACUUUAGCAUUAUUCAAGCACUUGGAUUAUAUAAUACUGUGGUUUAUUGUUUCACUACUAAUACAAGCGAGGACCUGUCUGAGUUUGUGGAGCGCCACGGAGGCAAGCAGUUAGCUAGGCUUGUCAUGCGGCCAGCAACAUUAGCUGCUCAGAUUUGCUGUCGAUGUGAAGUGCUCCACAGAGACAUCAAACUGGAAAACCUCCUUGUGAACAAGGACAAUCUGGAGGUCAAGUUAAUUGACUUUGGUUGUGGGGACAUCCUGAGGAAGUCUGCUAAUAAGGAAUUCUAUGGCACAGAAGAGUACUACACUUCAGAGUUCAACAUGAAGAGCAAGUACCAGGGCAUGCCAGCAACGGUGUGGUCUCUGGGCAUGCUCCUAUUCACACUGGGGUGUGGACACUACCCAGAGUGCUUCGACCGGACCCUCAUUAAUCUCCACCGCUGGUGUAUACCUGGUGUCACUGCAUAG